UGAUGGCAAAUCGACAAAAAUGCCUAUGUACUGGGUAAAAAAAGGGAUUGUGAAAAUUAACAUGUUUUAUUAAUAAGAAUAAUAUUAAGUUUAUCUGAUUUGUGAUAUAAACUUGUGAAUGAUAUUACAACCUAAACAUAAAGGGGUAUCAUUUUGGGAACCUGUACAAAGUUAUGGUUGAUUGGCAACAAUGGCCAAGAAAAAGAAACCAGCAAAUGUUGCCUCUCGGCGUUCCGCGCGGCGUGGUAAGCCUAUUCAAAAGGGUGCGAUCGAAGGUGAAACCUCCACUUCGGUGGAACAACCUGCCACUGCACCUGCUUCAGAAGACCCGCCUCCUGAAACUAAAGAAACCACAAGUGGACCGACUUCUUCUGACUCAAAUGCUAAACCACCUCAAGAACUGCCUUAUGUAGUUCUGCACAAGAAGUUUGGUAAAUAUCGAUGUUUGUUUAAUAAUGAUGAUACAUUCACAAAGAAAUAUGAUGUUGGUAGUGACAGUGAAACUAAUAGUAGCUUUGAGAUAAGAGUUGUAGAUCCUGGUAUAAGCUCCGAAUCAGAUUCCAAUGCUGCAGUUGAUACUCAGUCUGAUACAAAUAGCGGUGCUUGUCCCAGUCCUAUGAACAUUCCAGAUCGUGCAUUGCAUAGUUUUAGUUCUAGAGAUGCAUCUCCUCUGCCUUCAGUUGAAAGCUUAGAUAUACCUUUGCCAAAUGACAAUACAAUAGAAAAUAAAAAGGACUUUGACAAUGCAUGUGACGGAAAAGAAAUGUGUUCACCAAUAGACGACCAAGAAAACAAUCAGGCCAAUGAAGUACACAAUGAAGAUCAAGUUCAAUUGUUUAAUGAGCAUCUUUAUGGUGAUGAUGAUGAAGUGAUAACUAUAGUUCAAAUAUUAGACGAUGAAAAUCAAGAGGGUUAUUAUAAUAUCGAUAUUGAUACUUCAAAGGAUCAAGAGCUAAGUGAAAAUGACAAAAGAGAAAAUGAAAAUCAAGAUAUUGAAUUUCAAAAAGAUUUUGAAAAGCUUAAUCUAGUACCAACAUUAAAUCCUAGUUCUCCAAUGCAGUAUUGUGAAGAUGUUAUCAGAAAUUCAAAUUGUGUUACUCCAGAUCUACAGUUUCCUAAAGAGAAUUUGGAAAGGCCUGAUCCAAGUUUAACACCAAGCUCAACUAUAUCUGAUGAUAGCAACUCUUCUAGGGCAACAGACCAGGUGCAGAACAAUUCAAAUGAUUCCGCAGAGUCUUCUCCAUCAGGUGUUCGAAGGUCUAACAGAAUAAAAACAAUAAGUACAUUAAAGCAAAAGACUAAAGGUUAUGGUUUAGUGAGAAAUACACUGAAAAAAACAUUAAUAACACAAACAAAACUAAAACUUGAAGAGUCAGGGUCCGAAAGCCAAGAUAAGCCUACUGAUGUCUUAAACCAAUCCAGUACUGAUCCUCCUCCAUUUCCUGUUCCAACAGAAAUGCCUGUUAAAGUCAAAUCUAGAUGGCGACGUUCAAGUGAACUUGAAAUGGGAGCUAAUUCACCAUCAAUUUCUCCAUUAGCAAGCCCAAGUUUGCCAAAACUACCUGCUAUUGAAGAGAAACAGCAUGUUGAAGAAGUGAAAGAAGUUGUUGCUCUGAGUAAGGAAGCAUAUGAUAGAAUAAUUGAAGAAAGAAUGAACCAGUACCAACAUUUGGAUGAAAAUGAGUAUUUAUGUGAUAGAAUGAUAAGUCGGGAUACAAAGAAGAUGAUUUGUGACUGUUUUAUGACCAAAGAAGAGUUGGAGAGAGGAGAACUUGCUUGUGGAGAAGACUGUUUGAAUAGACUCCUUAUGAUUGAAUGUAAUUCAAGAUGUCCUGUUGGAGAUAGAUGUACAAAUAGACGGUUUCAGAAGAAAGAGAAUGGUGCUCUAAAAGUGUUUUAUGCUGAAAAAAAGGGGUGUGGUGUGGAAGCUAGUGCUAAUGUUCCAGCAGGUGAAUUCCUAAUGGAAUAUGUGGGUGAAGUGCUAGAUUAUGAACAAUUCUACAAAAGGGCCCAAGCCUACUCCGAUGAAAAUAACCUCCACCACUAUUUCAUGUCACUCAAAGGUGAUACCGUAAUUGAUGCUACAGUUAAGGGAAACAUCUCGCGUUUUAUAAAUCAUUCAUGCGAUCCAAAUGCAGAAACUCAGAAAUGGACGGUCAAUGGAGAAUUGAGAAUAGGAUUUUUCAGUAAGCGGGAUAUUACAAUUGGGGAAGAAAUAACCUUUGACUACCAGUUUCAAAGAUUUGGCAAAGUGGCGCAAAGGUGUUACUGUGGCACUGAGAAUUGUAGGGGCUGGAUCGGGGCUGAACCUGAUUCAGAGGAUGAAGAUUACGAGGAGGAUGGAGACGUGUCUACGUCCAAGUUCACAGCUGAGUCUGAGGAGAUGCAGACGACAGAAGACAAAGCGAAGCCCCGAGUGCGGAGGCCAAGAAGAGAUCGCACUUAUAAACCUAGUGCUGACUUAGUCCAAGAUGCUGAUAUUGAAGAAGAUCUGGAAGCCCUCAGUCGCACCGGAGUCAAGAAUCAGAGUCAUACACUUCGCCUAUCGCGUACAGUCGUCCGCGCUAAGACGCGCCGCGCGCAGGCCGCACUACUGCGGCUCUUACGCGACGCUGACUUACCUUGUCGCCGACUGUUCUUGGACUAUCGCGGGCUAAGGCUGUUAGCGCCGUGGUGUACUGAUGCGCCGUUGGACUUUAAAUUGGAAAUGCUUCAAACAGUAGAUAGAUUGCCAAUCCCCAACAAGACCAUGGUGCAAGAGACACGCUUCUUCACAAUCAUUGAGAGAUGGCUCAGCUCUUCAGAACUGCCACCGGAGCCGCCUGUCUUCAUUGAUGAGGCUACUGGUCUACCCGUUGAACUAGGAAGCAGACCGGCUCCAGAAGUAGAUAAGGCGAAGGAGAAUGCUGCUGUGCUUGAGAAAAUUAAGGAUCUCUCAUCACAGCUUUUAGAGAGGUGGUCUAGUCUCAAAGAAGUCUUCAAAAUCCCGAAAAAAGAAAGAAUCCAGCAGAUGAAAGAGCACGAACGUCAAGCGAAUGUUGAAAGGCGAGCUGCGGACUCCAGUGGGUCACGCGACCGUGACCGUGACCGUGAUCGUGAUCGUGAUCGCGAUCGUGAACGCGAACGCGACCGUGAGAGACGCGAGGAACGUGACCGUGACCGUGAUCGGGAGAGGGAGAGGGAGAGGGAACGUGAAAAAGAGAGGGAUAGAUAUAGGGAGAGGGAUCGAGAGAGGGAAAGAGAUAGAGAUAGGCGGAAAAGAAGAAGCAGUCCAGAGGGGAGGCGGAGUAUUCGACUUACAGACCGAGUGCUAGCUGCUAUUCCACCAAUGAGCAAAGAGGAGAGGCGUCGGGCCUUCGCAGAAGCGGCUGCAGCGGCUGAUGAGAGCAGGCGGCAGAGGGACAGUCAGUCAUUCAUGCCUUACUGGCCACCGGAUUCAUUCUCACAGAUGUUCCCACAAGGAAUGAUUCCUGGACAACCCACUAUAAUGCCAAAUGGACCAAACAUGAUGCCAAACAGACCACCGAUGUUACCCAAUGGCCCGAAUAUGCUACCCAAUGGGCCUAAUAUGAUGCCAAAUGGACCAAACCUAAUGGGUCCAAACAUGUUACCAGGGCCGCAGAAUAUGUUAAGUGGUCCACAAAAUAUGAUGGGUGGCCCGAAUCUUAUGAUGCCAGGUCUCAUGCCUGGUAUGAUACCAGGUGAUGUGCCCCCGGAAUGGAUUGGGCCGAAUGGGGAGUUUCAGGGUCCUCCUGGGUUUUGUCCGCCGUUUCCGGGGCAGCCAUUUUGUGUGCCACAACCCAAUGUGAUGGGAAUGAGUGGGUUCGGUGUGGGUGGGUUCAUGUUCGGUCAGCAGAUGGGGCCCUUUCCACCUCAAGCAUCCAGACCUGGAAAUGCACCUCAGCCCAUGGUGACAGAGAGUGUGAAUACAGAGGAUGAUGAUGACGUGGAGCCAGUGUUGCCGUCCAUGUGGAGGAGUGCCUUGGACGACAGAGGCCGCAGGUAUUACUACCACGUGAAGCUGAGGCAACCGCAGUGGCUGCCACCACCUCAGCCGCCUCCGUCACCAGAUGAAAGUUCUUCUGAAGAGGAAGCAGACCCUUUGAGUGCAAUGGAGACGGCCGUAGUACGAAGGCAGAUGAAGGGCAAGAUGGUGGAAGGUGUUAAUGGAAUUUAUGAGGUGAUAAAGGCGGACGGCUUGAUACCGGAGCACGCGCUACUCAGCGAUAAGCCGCGCAAGAGACGUCCGGGUCUCGUCACGGAGAGGCCGAUUAGCCCCCGUACUGAAGAGGACAAGCUGGCCGGCCGUAUGGAGGUGAAAAGGUACAAACAGACGAAGGAGAAGUUGCGUAAGAGACGCGAGAAGCUUCUGCAGAAAGUCCGUCUGUUGGCUGCAGCUAAGUCUAAACGGGGCAAGGAGUUGACUCAUAAGGAUCUCAAGGACCUUAAGUUCGGUGAUCUAGACGACUCUGACAGCGAUUCAGAUGACGACGAUGACGUGAUCCAAAUCCUUGAGAAGCUGUCCUCACCACCCGCUGAGAAAUCCGCCCCCGCUCCGCCAUCCGCUGCUGACGUAGAGGAGAACGCCAGGAAGAUCAAGGAGCAGUUCCGGAGUAGCAUGGCCAGGGUUAUGGUGCAACAAUUGAACCCGUAUCGCCACUCUUCAGCCCCCGCCGGCCGCAUCACCUGUACAGCCGACUUCAAACAUCUUGCUAGAAAGCUAACUCACUUCGUGAUGCUGAAGGAACUAAAGCAUUGCCGGACAGUAGAAGAGCUGGUGGUGACUGACUCCGUACGAUCGAAGGCGAAAAUGUUCGUCAAAAAGUAUAUGGCCAAGUUUGGUCCCAUUUACCAGCGACCACCUGAAGAAGCCGACUAGCACGUGCUGAAGAUAAAAGCUAUGUACAAUAGCUUUCCAUAUUAACUGUGAAGUUAUCGUCUGGCUAGAACUUUCGUGUGAAGUUAGCCAACAGCUAACGAGAACAGUGUGAAGUUAAGUGAAGUAUUGAAGUAGAAGCGUUUAUUUCGUGAGUGAAGUUAGCCGUAUAAAUAAAACAGUGUUAAGUGAUCAUUGUGACGUAUGGUGUGAAGUUUGCGCGGGAUUUCAUAUGAAGUCUGAAGCUGUGAAGAUUUUGACAUUAAAUCGUUUUUUUUAACGAAAAAUUAAUAUUUACAGAUAACUUUGUAUAUAUUUCUGACAAAUACUUUAGGUUAUAAGGUCCAAGAUGUCUUAAAUGUUAAUUAUGAUUGGAUUAUAUAAAUUAUGAGUUCUGAUUGCUGGCAAUGCAUAUACUAAAACACCUUUGAUGUUACUAUGUGUCUUAUAUGUUAUAAAGUAUAUGUGAAAAUUGUACCUUAACAGCUCACUUUGUUGACUAGUAAAUAAACAUUUAAAUUAUAAGAUUUUAAUAAUUAAAGCAAGUUUAAAAGUUAAACUCGUAGUAGACACAAAAGGACAUAUACAGGGUGUCGUCGUUGGUAUGUAUAUUAACUAUAGACAUCCUGUUGACUUAACGCCCUGUAUUACAUUGAUUUAAACUUAUUUCUGUACAUUAUAUAAACAUAUAUAAUGAUGCGACUUGUGGUUCAAGUCAAACUCAACACUUUCUGUAUUACAUAGAAAAUAUUAGUUUUAGUUAAUUAGGAAAUUUGACGAAGUUUUAAAAAGCACUUAAAAUGUCGACGAAACUGAAAAGGUUUAACUGUUAAAAUCAUGUUCUAAUAAAAAUUGUAAAUAUUAAUCUUACGUAUUGUAAAUUUAAAUUUAUGAUUUAAAAAAAUGCGGGUAGUUAUGGAACUACCCUCUUUUUUGGUGCAAUCCAUGAUGAUGCGUUACCAUAUUUAUAAUUGCGUAGUGAAUUUACUGAUGGAUUAUUUGUUAACUCACUAUAUUAUUAUAGAAACCAUUAAAAAUCCAUCAAAAUUUGUACAGCAAAUAUUCUGUUAGACAUACCACUUCUGUUAUUUUAAUUAAAUUAAAUAGUAUCUAAGUUCCUACAUUUGUAUAGAAAAGUGAGUUUACAAUGUUUUCCAGGUUUUUUUAAUAUUAAGAGUGUCAUCGUGGCUAGCACUAUAUAUAUAUGUAUUUUUUUUAAUUUUCAAUGAUCUCCGAUUGGGAUUUUAGGGCUCGAAUAAUAUAAGUACAGUAUUAGGUGUGUAGUAAUAAUUUGUCAAUUAUAACGAUCUUCCUGAUCGUAGUAUUUAAUCGAUCAGUGAACAUCGGCCUAAACGAGUACUUUGAAUGGGUCCUUGUCGUUUUCUAUUGCAAAGAAAGAGACAGUGUUUCUGAGUACUUCGCUCUUGAAUGUUCUACAUUAUUUUUAGUGUUUUGUCUCUGUCCACACUUUUUGCAAGAUAAAGACAGCCUCAUUUUACAUAUGUGUAUAGGUAAUGUGUUUUAUGCUUUUGUAAAUUAUGACCGACUUUUUGUGAGUUGUAAAAUUGACUUGAAUAUCUGUUAUUAACUCAGAACUCGUUAUACAGACAAAAUCUGUUAUAAGGAUAUCGAAGGAACUACUCUUAUUUGUAUCGUAAAAACCGAUAUUCGUAACAGCUGAUAACGUUGUUGUUAAAAACCUAAUAUAAUAGAUUCAACCUUUGAUUUUGGCUCUUGGAUUCUCUUUAAACGAUAUCGUCGUAAACGGGUUGGAUUAUAUAUAUGUCGCUGUAAAGUAGUUAAAUCAGACAGUUAAUUUAAUCUCUAGACAGUUAAAUAUCGAUAUUCAAUCAAGUUGCUAAAGUUCCGUCAGACAAGUGACUGAACGAAACGUUUGACGAGUUUCCUAAACGUUCCUAGGCAACAAUACUAACCUAACCUAACCAUUUACAAUAAAACUAAACACGAAAUUUCCAAGCUCUCAGUUUUUCACGAUCACCGAAAUAUCAAUAACAAAUGAAGUAAUCAUGCAAAAAGAAAAACUAAAAAUAAUCAGCUGUUGUCGUGACCGCCAUCUUGUUUUACAUUAUUGAUCAACACGAUGGCUUUCGGUCAGACAGAUAGUUAAACGCUGCGUUAUUUAAAUCAAAAUGUUAGCGACUUGAUUGAAUUUCGAUAUUUAAUGAACUUCCUAGAUAUUUAAUUAACUCUCUGAUUUAACUACUUUACUGCCACAUAUAUAAAAUGUUAAAAAAUCCUUAAUUAAUUAUGACCAAUGGAAAUAUAUGAAUUAAUUAUGUAAUUAGCUAUGAUGUUUUAACAUUAUUGACAAAGUGAAUAAAUUUGUUAUAGAUUUUAUACACCAUACAAUGAUUUGUUAAAACUGGAAUACAAGAUUUAAAUAUUUGACAAAUUUUAAUUUGCAUUCGCAAAUCGCAAAUUGACAUUGGCAUUGGGCAAGUACAUAAUUGUAAAUUCUCAUGUAUCACAAUGAUACGGGACUACAAAACGACCUAUUUCGUUUGCAUCAGAUAGAUAUUUUAUUACAUUACUUUGCUAACAUUGUUUAGAUCUUGUCACCAAACAGCCCCGCUACUCUGUAAUAUCGAUGAUUGAAAUGACUUAAUAAUACGACUGCCAUAUUAGCAAAUUUCAUCUUUAAGUAGUUCACAGCUGUUUAACGUGUAUGUACCUCAAUUUUCGAAGUUACGUUGUACCAUUAUUUUUGUAGCCUGCAUUAGUAUGUUUAAUUUGGUAUUUCGUUAAUUGUAUAUAGCACUUGUAAAUAUUGUAUAUUGUUUAAUAUAAGUGUCUGGUUCAUAAAUACUAUUUUGUGUAAGGUAUAACUGAAUGUAAUGAGAUUGAAGCCGAAUGAACAAUAAAAUUAUAUUUCUUGUA